AAGCUGAGCAGUAGCUUGGAUAUUACAUACCCUCCAUCGCGGCACAAUUUUUCUGGCUUGGCUGAAGUUUCCCCACAGAUAAGAGAGAAAGGGGUGGGGAAGAAAGAUUUCCCCGAGGACACCUCUCUCUUGCAGGACAUGGAGAACAGGCCAGCAGAGACCAACUCAGAGGUGGACAAGUCAUCAUCACCCUCAGUGGCUCAGCUAGCAGGAAAAUUCAAAGAGCAAGCAGCCAGUAUUACUGGAAAAGAGGUACCACCACAUAAGCCAACUCGGAGGAAACCACCAUGCUCCCUUCCAUUGUAUUCCCACAAAACUGAGACAAGCAACAAUGAUGAGCAAAGGCAGUCUCCAAAUGCUUGCCCCAUUCCCAAGGUCAAGGUGAAAAGCUCCCCCAUGAUUGAAAAGCUGCAGGCCACUCUGGCUUUUGCUCCAGCUGCUCUGAUGCCGGGAGCAUCUCCCAAAAGUCCUGGUCUGAAAGCCCUGGUUUCUCCGUUCAGCACCCCUCCCUCGACGCCCAGCAGCCCCGGGGUUCAGUCCCCGCCCAGUGAAGCAAGUGAGGUGCCAGUUAGCUUUGAUCAACCCCCAGAAGGCACUCAACUGCAGUUCUAUAACAAGGUGCGGACACGGGGAUUGAUAAAGCGCAGGCCCCCCUCCAGGAAGUUCCGACGAUCUCUGUCUGAGUACAGAGAUGGGGAAGAUUUAGAGGUCAACAUCUCUUCUGAAAAUGGUGCCAAGGAAGAUGGGGAUGAGGUAUUUCAGCCCAAGGGCAAGACAGAGGAGGCAGAAACAGGGAGCAAAGAGCAAAAGAAACACACAGGGUCUGAUGGAAAGCCCCUGUCAAGGAGAGGAUCCAGCAGAUCAAAAGGUGAAGAAAAAGGAGAAAAACAGGCAGACGAAAUGACUCCUUGCAAGAGUAAUGCAGGGGAUACAAAGGAGGAGGAAGAGUGUCAUUGUGCCCCAGAGGAGAACUCUCCCCAACCUCCCUCUGGCAACAAAGAGGAGAAGGUGUGUGAGGGUCCCCAGGAAGAAGAGCAGCAAGCCUAUGAACAGGAAAAGGGGUACAAGAAGGAAGAAGCUGAAGCAAAGGAGACCAGUGAGAGCACAGACACAUGGAGAGCAUCAGAAGAAACACCACUGGCACCUGAACAGCUGCCAGAUGUGGUGGGUUUAGAGACUGCCAGUGAGCCUUCAAUGUCAGCUAUGCAGGAUCAGGGCACAGUGUAACUGUGACACACAGGACAUACCCAGUCAGGGCACAAGAGACUUAACAUGCAAAUAGGAGCCAUCUAACUCAAUCAAGGUGGAAGUUACAAGGUGGAAAACCUUCAGUGAAAGGAGAGGAGCAGAGCACAGAUGUCCCCUGAGGUCCAUACUCAUCCCUGAGCUGAGUGGCAGCUCCCUGUCUCUCUGCACCAUCAUACUUUGGGACAGUUGGAACAAGAGACUGGCUUGCAGUCACUUCAGAGUUCAAAACUGAAGUGUUGUCUGACAUUUCUUGGUGAUAUCUGGGGACUAAAAGACCUGAUAUGUGCUGUUCUGGAGCUGACAACCACCACCACUCCUGGUCUCUCUGCUUCAUCCUGCUCCAAAAUGUCUUUUCCUUCUCCCCUGCAUUGGCUGUAGAUGAAGUUCAUCAGUUACAUACAUACAUGUAUGAUGCCUUUUUGGAAGCUUCUUUUGAAAUAUUUUGGAUUUUUAAAUUUCAGUAAAUAAUGUUUUAACAGUAGGAAAAAGUAUGUUUUCUCCAUAUGUGCUGUAUGGCAGACAAUGUGAACCCUGAACAUGGGAAAACUCUUAGGAAGUUGUUCAUAAAGCAUAAAAUCCCUUUGAAGAGGGGUUGAGCUGGCUGACCUGUGAAACAAAAAGCUAUGUGCUAGGCAGUUUUUCUGUGUAAUUUUUCUUUGGGGUGGUCUUAGUGCUGGUGGAAAGUAAUCAACAGAUUUGAUGCACAAAAAAUAUGCUGAUGUGUAGCUGUGAUGUGCUGCUUAGGUCAACAGGGCAACAUUUUUAUCUGGCUCUGGAUUCCAGUCCAGAUUUAGAAGGGCUGCCUGUCUUUCUCACUUCCAGACCCUAUCCGGUCUGACUCUCUUUUGAAACUUCCAGUUUGUGGGCACCGAGUGCUACUCAUGACAGAAAGCAUCCUGAUUCACUGGGAACAGCUGGUUUAUUUUAUGUAGGUCAAAGAAGUGGUCUUAGAUGGCUGAAUCUCCAGUCAUAUGGCCUGGCUGAAUAUGAAUUGGUGAAGGUCAGAUAGCCAGUCUCUCCUAAGCAGACAUUGUACCAGAGUUGCAUCCACUCUUCAGGUACUAGUUAAGUCAUGGGUCUAGCAGUUGCUAAGCCAAAAAAAGCUUUUCAUAUGGAGAGUAUUUGUUGCCCGUAAGGAAUAACUUAUUUGGAAAACACAGAUAACAGACCCUUCUGACAGCAGUGCUUGAAGCUGUAUCUGCAGUACUGAAUAAAAAGCUGCUCUGGCUCAAGGCCAUGGGGCUUAUGUGCACAGCACAACAUAAAGCUGUGGACAAGUUUGGGCUCACUGGAGACAGCUAGCCAGGCUUGUCAGAAGCUGAGCCAAAGAGUUAGCUAGCUGUUAGGUGGUGUGAACAGUCAGGAAUGAGUGCCUGAACCUACCAUUAGCCAUCUUGUACCCAGCAACAGAUGCAGCUACCAAGACUAAGGGCAGAACCAGCCAGCUCCUUAUCCAUGAUGAAGUUUCUCCUAGCAAACAUUAAGCUGAGCAGAGUCAGAGGCUCAGGUUUUCCCUGUCUCUCUGCACAGGAACAAGCAUUUUACACACACAUCUGACCUUGAGUGGAGUCUGCAACACAUCCCCAAUGGUUUUGAAGGAUAUCCUCUUUCUGUUCACCAGUUCUAAAAUCACAAGAAGUGGCUCUGUGCCCUGCCUUUCUUUUUCCCAAGUGAGAGCACCAAGGUGUCAUUUGCUAAAAGCCAGCAGUGCUGACCUUCUCAUGUGGACUUGUUAGACACAGAGGACCCCACAUCCUUUUGAGCUAUGCUGUGGAGCACUGUUAUCUUUGAAUUCAUUUUAAUCUGUUUGUUAGUGCUUGUAUUCCAGGACAGGCUGCAAUCAUUCACUGUACCCUGUUUCUUCUUUCAGCAGAGUGUCCCAUCUGGAUGUGAGUGACUGUGCCUUACUAUAUAUAUAUAUAUAUGUGUGCCUGUUUAGAGAAUGAAUAUGUGUGUCCCGAGCAAGGGAAUGGAAAUUUGAGGGAGAAAUAGAAGAAA